AUGGAAAACGAGCGUGACAACAAGACGUUCCUCGCGCGGCUCUGCGAGCAGGCCGAGCGCUACGAUGAAAUGGUUACUUACAUGAAGGAAGUCGCCAACAUCGCUGGUGAACUCACCGUUGAUGAGCGCAACCUCCUCUCUGUCGCCUACAAGAACGUCGUCGGUACCCGCCGUGCCUCGUGGCGCAUCAUCUCCUCCAUCGAGCAGAAGGAGGAGUCCAAGGGCUCUGAGGAGCAUGUUACCAUCAUCCGCGACUACCGCCAGAAGAUUGAGACCGAGCUUGAGCGUGUCUGCCAGGACGUUCUGGAUGUCCUUGACAAGGCCUUGAUCCCCAAGGCUGAGAGCGGCGAGUCUAAGGUUUUCUACUACAAGAUGAAGGGUGACUACCACCGUUACCUUGCUGAGUUCGCCUCUGGCGAGAAGCGCAAGCUUGCUGCUACUGCCGCCCACGAGGCCUACAAGAACGCUACUGAUGUCGCCCAAACCGAACUUACUCCCACUCACCCUAUCCGCCUGGGUCUCGCCCUGAACUUCUCUGUCUUCUACUAUGAGAUCCUUAACUCCCCAGACCGUGCAUGCCACCUCGCCAAGCAGGCCUUCGACGAUGCUAUUGCUGAGCUGGACUCCCUCUCCGAGGAGAGCUACCGUGACAGCACUCUGAUCAUGCAACUUCUCCGCGACAACCUGACUCUCUGGACCUCUUCUGAUGGUAACGAGGGUGAGGCCAAGGAGGAGAAGCCUGAGGAGGAGGCUGCCCCUGCUCCUGCCGAAGAGCAGCCCGAGGAGGCUAAGCCCGCCGAGACUGAGUCCUAA